ACUUAAGGAAAAUACAAAAAAAAAACCAUGGCCGAACCAACACCGUCACCCACACCAUAUCGUGCUGUCUAUGGAUUCGCUUGCUUUUUAUUCUUCAAAACUCUAUUCUUUUUAUACGUAUGCUGGACUUUUAUACCCGAACACAUUCUUCACAAUGUACUUGGAUUGACGUAUUUGCCGGAUAAAUAUUUCGCCCUAUUUCUGCCAGUACUUGUUUUGUGCGCGCUCACCAUUUUCGCAUUUCUCAUUUACCCAUCAAUGAACUUGUCGAUGCAAGACGAUGUGAAUGAUUUACAUACGCUGCGCGACAAACACACAAUUGUUCGUUGCCAACGUAUAAAUCAAACAACCGGCAUUCAAUGCAAAAACAAAGUCGACGCAAAGCCAGCCGAUGCAUCAAACAACUUUAAUCCAUGGCUCUUUGAAAAAUAUUGCAACGACCAUAUGGAUCAUCUUCUUGAUAGCAUUCCAACGGAUGAAGAGAACGAAACUGAAUUUUGUGAUUGUGUAAACGAGUCCAAGUGCUGGCUGCACAAUCAUCCAAAUCACUUGAAAGUCUUGCAAAAACGAACUACCGUACCAAAUAUCUGCGAUCUUGAUGUUAGCGACGUUUGUAAACGAUUAUUUUUGGAAGAAUAAAAACCACGCUCUUGAAUUAUA